AUGGCCCUCCUGUCGCGGUCAUCACUCCGCGGCUCUGUGCGACGGGCGCCUGAAGAACCUGCCGACGGUCUGGCACCGCCGAAGAAACCACGCAUCCAAGAUGGCGACCGCCGCAAAAGCUCCCCUGAUUGUCUUGAUACCUCUAAAGAACCUACAAAAUCCCGUCACUUGAAAUCCUCGCGCCCGCGCUCCAAUCGCACUCGUCGCGACUCCUCUUCAUCAGUUGACACAGUCGCCUCCAACCAAUUGGCGACACCGGCCACACGUACAAAUGGCAAUGGUCUCUUCAAGACCCCACGCGCCCGUCGUGACCAAGGUACCCCUUCUGCUACGGACUUGCUGCGCAACGUCAAUGAGUCACCAGACCCAUUGGACACAAUCUCUCCAGCGCCCUCGGUCGCAAAGCAGCGCACCGCUACCCCCGCGAAUGUGGACUCGAAUCCCAGACCACCCAGUUCGCCUGUGACCCGCACAACUCGUCGCAAUGAUUAUCGAUCGCUGGACGACGGCGACGAGAACGCGAUCAAGGAAGAGGGGAAGGGUGCGACUCCGGCAGAUAUCAAGGGCGAGGCGCCCGACGAACACCCUGCGGUAGACACACGGUCGGGGAGACGGUCGUUGCGCUCGACCGAUACCGGAUCACGAUGCAAGAGCGAGCUCGCGCAGUAUUUCCACAACUAUGAACAGAUUAUCAGCUUGGAAGAUCCAGAACCUGAAUUCCUCGCCGCCAAAACAACCAUCACUCUCGUGGACGACCUACCACGACCACUACCUUUCUCCUCCAAACCCGACCCUACACCCUUCGGCAACCCCCUCCUUAAGCUCUACGACUGCGAAAAGAUCACCCUCCCCAAACCCGCAUUAAACACACCCGCAAUCGACCCACUAGGCGAAGAGACAUAUUUCCGCGCCCACCGCAAGUUCGAACGACAGGAGAAACAACUCCGUAAUAUUGAGCGUAACCGCGCCCAACACGAACAACAAGUCCUCGAGCGUCUCCUGGACGAGCUACGCGGCCAUGACUGGCUACGCGUGAUGGGCCUGACAGGAGUCCACGAAAACGACAAGAAGCUCUACGAGCCGAAGCGCGAUAUCCUGAUCCAAGAGCUAGUCACUCUGGUCAACAAGUUCCAAGCAUGGAAAGACGAGGAGCGUCGACGCAAACUGGAGAAGGAAAAAGCACAACCCGUGCCGGGCACCGAGACAGCAGCUAACGUUCCGGCCCGACAGCACCCGCGCAAAAGAUCCCGUCCCGCCGAAGACGUGGAUAGCUCUCCAGCACCGGGGACUGAGUUACAUAGCACGCCAGAUGCAGACCCAGACCCAGAUCCAAGCGACGUCGAUGCUUUAGCUGCACGUCAGCUCCAUCAGGAAGCUCAAUCAGCAGGCGCUGUUAAGCUGCGCAAGACAGCACCUGCUCGCAAAUCUAUCCCCAAACCUACUCCUAACACCAACACUACAACUACAAAUACCAACACAAACACAACCACAAACGACCCCGAACCAAAACACACCCCCAAACGCAAAAAGCCCAACCUAACACCCACCAAACCUCACCCACAACCCCCAGCCUCAGCUCCAUCCCAAACCCCAACCAAAAAACCAACCCAACGACCCCUCCAACAAGCCUCCCUUGCCCACUUCUGGAAUCCAGCCCCGAGGGAAGGCCCCUUUACAUCCUUCUUCCGCCAACGACACGUGCGUGAAGCCGCCAUCGCCGCAACAAAAGGUAUCCGCCGCGGCGGAUCCCGCUCAACCCUCGCAUUCGGCUAUCCAGUCCCGGACCAGUCAGAGCAGGAAUUCGAGCUCCCGCCAGACAUCCUGAAUGAGGAAUCUAUCAUGCAGUCACAGCGGAAGAGGAGAAGACUCAAGCGGGGGAGUUUGGGGUAA